AGCAUUUUUAUACGUGAGAUCUAUGAGUAGAGCGUCAAGCGGAUCCCAGAAGACUGGUCGUACGAAAAAACAUCUCCAUUCUUCCAAGUUGUGACGGUCACCGUGAGCAACGUCCUCCACAGAAUGGCGUCUGAAGAGCUUGCCAAGAAGCUACAGUCACGACUCGCCGCCUCGGAAGAGACCGAGCCGAGGCCAGAGCUCGAGGAGAACCUCGUCCCGGCCAAAUACCAAGAAUCGGAGGCGGCUUGCGGCGAUACUUCAACCGAGCUUUCCGCUAAACUCAAUCGACGGCUGGACAUCAACGAAGGCAACGCGCCCCCUCGGGCUAGUCGCGUUUUCAACCCCUACACUGAAUUUAAGGAGUUCUCCCGAAAGCAGAUUAAGGAUAUGGAGGUGAUGUUUAAAAGGUAUGACACUGGUAAAGAUGGCUUCAUUGACCUGAUGGAGCUGAAGUUGAUGAUGGAGAAACUGGGGGCUCCACAGACACACUUAGGCCUAAAGAACAUGAUCAAAGAAGUGGAUGAGGACUUUGAUGGAAAGCUGAGCUAUCGAGAGUUCUUGUUGAUCUUCCGAAGAGCAGCAGCAGGGGAGCUUCAAGAAGAGAGUGGUCUUAUGGCACUAGCCAGACUUUCUGAAAUCAACGUCUCCACUGAGGGAGUGAGUGGGGCCAAAGACUUCUUUGAAGCUAAGAUGCAGGCGCUGUCGGUGAGCAGCAAGUUCGAGGCCGAGAUCCGAGAAGAGAAGGAAGAACGCAAGAAACAGGAAGUGGAGAAAAAGGAGAGGCAAGCCGCCUUCAAACAGCUUCAGUCGGCGUUCUGCUCAUGACGAUCUAAAGGAAGCACACGGCAAUCCUGAAAAUGCACAUUCAUCGUUAGACAGAUUUCAAACUACAUUCACAUAUCUUACGUUCUUCAAGCUCCGAAUUUGGCACUUUAUAACAAAGUUAGUGAAACAUGCAAUUCAAAUAUUUUAGCAACUAGAUAAGAUUAACUGUUUAAUGAUAACGGAAAAGUAAAUGCACUUCAUCAGAUAAGAAAACAAAUAGGGACCAGUCCAAAUGUGUGUGUGGGUCUGUGUUUGUGCGUGCUCCAUUUUAGUGGAUUUACACCCAGUAGUCCAAAUAUUAAUUUUAGUAUUUGAUAAACACUGUACAUGUUGUCUUGCAUUCCUUCAUUGACUUCAAACUUAUUGUCUAAUGCAUGUGAUGUUUCAGUAUUGUCAUGUUGUUUCACUCCGCUUUUUUUUUUUUUUUUAAGAAAAUGUGUUUAUUCAAAAGUGACAUGCAGUGUACGUGUGUUUGCGUGACCUAAUAUAUUUUAAAAAUUUAAUUGCAUGACAAUAAUUGCUCACGGGGGGGGAAAAAAGAAGCCUCAUGCAAUGUUGGCGCAUGACUGAGUCUCAAAUCUUUCCUAAAAUUAUGGCCUCAGCCAUUUUUUUCCCCCCUCGGUGGUUUCAAAUCAUCUGUUGAUGGUUGCCACCUCUGCUAUAACAGUAAAACAGAUUAUGCAAUUUUUCACCUGAAAUGAAAUGAAUAAAUAUGACAUUCACUGUUUAGUUCGGUUUUUCAAAUCUGUUGAACUGGUGAAAGGCAUUUCUUGUUUGUUCUGUACACUGUGAAAUCCACCUUCAUCACAUUUUUUUUUUUUUUUUUUUGUAAUUGUAACAAGACAUGACAGAACUCACUGUGUCAAUGUUUUUGCAAGCGCAAUCUGGAGGGAGGUGUCCUCACUUGGUAUACAGAACUGGAAACACAGGGAAGCUCUUCAAAAUGCAGCUCAAGAUUUUUUUUUACGCAACAGUUCAUCCAUUUAUACACAGUGUCUGGUAUAACAUUUCAAUGGUUCCUGCCAAGUUGGCAUUCAUCAAGGGAUCGCGAUCAAUUCAGAGUUCCAAGUUUUUUUUUUUUUUUUACCCACCCUUGCUAAUGGAACUUUUUUUAACUUCCAAUUAUUUUGCAUAUUAAGAUUAGUGCAUUGUGUCAAUUUAUUCAGCACGCAUAGCUAUUUUAGGCUACCAGUAUACUUGUAUGAGAACCACUGAUCAAAAUGUAGAUUGUACCGAAGUAUAUUUUUUCAUGAAAUUGCGUCAUAUCUUUCCCCUACAUUCAAUUUCUUCAUUUGUAAUCAUUCUCUUGGCUACUCUGCUUCCAGUAUGUUAAUAUGGAUGCUGAUUUUUUUUUUUUUUUUAAUGUUUGGCCCAAUCAGAUUUUAACCUCUAUGUGCUGCCGGCUGUAACAUAAACUGUAUCUGCAAUGGGACAUUUUUGUUCUCCAGCUCAGUGGUCCCCAACCACCGGGCCGCGGACUGCUACCGGGCCGCAGAGAAAUAAUUUAUUAACGACUGCAAUCUGGCCUGUGGCUCUUGACACGUCAAUAUCCGUGUCUACUCUAUAGACUAAUCAGAGUUAAGAUUUGUAUAGGUUGCCAUCAAGUGGUUGGCUGCAGUUUUUGGGGUGUUUGCACACCUAUAGCAGCCCAGCGCUAGUUAAUGUAAACAGUAACUUUAGCUGCUGUUGGCUGUGGGCGGCGACAUCUUUGGACAGCUUUUUUUAUGGAGAAAAGGCCACCUGAGCCAGAACCCUACUACCAGUCCAUUCCCGCAUAAUAUGUGACUAAAAGCUAGCAAACGAGGCAAGAAAAGCGAAUGCACUGAAAGCAUCAUAGCUCAUGGCGAACCGUAUUGCUAAAGCUAAAAAAACCUUACACGAUUGAAGAAGAACUCAUUAUGCUUGCGACCACGGAUAUUUGCCGUUUGUCAUUUUCUGCCAUACAUUUUCUGCCGGUCCGUGAAAAUAAGGCCCAUAUUACACCGGUCCGUGGUGCAAAAAAAGGUUUGGGACCACUGCUCUUGCUGAGUGUCGAUAACGUUAAACUUUUGUGUUCUCUAAUUGCUUGGUCAGAACAUUACAUUUUAAAAUAAGUCUACAAGACGUUUGAAAUUUUUUGAAACCCUCAAUUUGCUGACCGAGGAGAAAUUUUAUUAUAGGCUGAUAUUUUGUCCAUCAGAAACUAUCUGUAAAUGCCAAACUGAAUCUGAAUUACUUCACUAAGAAUGACUAAGAUUAUUUUAAACGAUUAAUUGGAUGAAUCACUUUUUUAAAUUACCUUCACAAUUUAACUGGAAAUAGUUUUAGGCAUGUGGUAAGUAACAAGACAGAAUGGAUGACCAUUCAAAAAUAUUUUAUUAAAGCGUCCUAAUUUAACUGUAGUCUACAACUGUACUGUUUAAAGUACACAAAAUGUGUUAAGUAUUUAAGGUUCUGCGUAGAGAACAUAAAAUUUCUCGGUACACAAAUAAGACAAAGUCCUUGACAUUUUUUAUCUUGUGGGCAAAGUGCAGAUCUAAAUUGUGUCAAUGACUCAUUUAUUUUCUUUAAACCAAACAAAAUCGAAUGAGGAGGAGGCAGACUGUAAUGAAUCGGUUUUCCUUAUCAAACAGUUGUUCAUAAAUACAAUCCAAUUUCAAAGCACUCUCUCGUAUGACAAUUUACAGUUUGAAUGGGAGCUUGUGUUGAAAUGAGACUCGAAGCCAGGGGUCCCCAAACCUUUUCCUGUGAGGGCCACAUAACUUUUCCCUUCUCUGAUGAGGGGCCGGGUCAGUUUGUAACAGAAAAAGUGUGACAAUUGCAGGAGUGCCUUAAAUGUAAAAAUGUAUUGUUUUUCAGAAAGCCACAAUCAAAUAACCCUUUCUGGAUUCUUCACGGAACAAAAGUAAAUAAUAAAAAAAAAUAAUAAUAAUAAUGUAAUGUAAUAUAAUAAUAAAUUAUAACACUAUUAAUUAAUUAGAUAAUAACCCAAAAACCCUCUCUGGGUUCUACACAGAAAAAAGCCAGAAAAUAAAUAACACUCUUGGGGGGGGAAUGUUCAGGGGGCCGGAUCAAAUGUGGAGCAUGCCGUAGUUUGGGGACCCCUGCUCUAAGCUGUUAUAUGAAUGGGCAUAGACUUUAUAAUAUAGUCACGGGGCGCGGGGCCGAUAAAUAGGGGGCCUGCAUUGUUGGCGAGGCCGUCAAAGCUGACCGAGUGGAAUCACAAAGAGCUUUUUUCGUUGAAAAUUUUAAUGAAUUAAAUGGUUAAAUCCCUGAAUUCUUUAUCGAGAUAUGGACGUAAAGCAGUCUUGAUUCUUGGUUAAAAGCAAAAAAGAACGAAAUGUGCAGUCAGCAUUUAUUUUACUUCAAUAUGUCGAAAUACAAUGCUAGUCUGAUAGUAAAUGUGGCUAGCGGGCGCAUUAUGUAAACAGCUUUUUUGGUGAAAAUUAUUGUGAAUAAAUGCUUAAAUCCCCGAAUUCUUUAUAAAUAUGGAUGUAAAACAGUCUUGAUUCUUUGUUAAAAGCAAAAAAAAAAAAAAACGUUUUACGGAAAAAUUGCGAACUAUGAUGCAAUUGCAGUAGCGGCUAAUUUAUUCCAUUGAUUUUUUUUCACAACGUUUCAAAAUGCAUAAAUGGUUCAAAAAAUAUAAUAAUUACCUUGAAUCUUCGAACAAAUCACUCCUGAGAAACCCUUCCUGUUUGUAUGCCCUACAGCUUUCAUUUUCAACAGAAAUCCGGCGUUAGAUCGCUACGUCAGUGUGUUUGUGAAUAGCUCCUCUUGAUGUGGGCAGCCCCCUACUUGAAGGCGAGGCGCAGUGCAUGACCGAUCUGACCCAUCAAUACCAUUAUUAAGUCUAUGGAAUGGGUUUAUGUGUGUGGUUUCUUUAUAAAAAGUUUUGAAACAACUUUACUAUCUAACAAUAACUCAAGUGCUGAUACACUUCUCCAUAACUCAAUACAAACUGACACUUAAGACACUGAUUAGUCUCAUCGCUAACUACCUUAGCGCUCUGUGCCAAAUAGUAAUAUUGCAUCAACAAAGAAUACAAACAAUAUAAUGGCGUACCGCAAGCAACACGUCACUUUUGAUCAUUAAUAUUCAUGACGUUAGCAAUUGUGGCUAAGCGGGUUAACCUCCCGUUUGUCCCUAAUAGUAAAUGCAUGGAAAUAGUGUACGAACGAGAUGUUUACUGAGCUAAACCUACUAAUUCUGUCAGAAAAUGAUGAUGAAAAAACAUACAAAUGUUCAGUUAAAGAGAUGGCUUGAGUGUCGAGGACUGAAAAAAGAGCCGACAUGAACCAGAGUUAGCUUUUUUAUUGACAUCUUUUUCUUGUGUGCAUUGCCUUAUACCACUGAUGAUGUCAUUCUCCUGUUUCAACAAUAUAUCCUUUACCACCAUAUGCCCUUCCUUUCUUAUGUACUAUAUCCUCUGUCUUAUGUCUCUGACCGUUCUUUUGGGCAAUUUACAUUGCUAUUUUUAUGUAGAGACCUCAAAUGCUACUCGUUGACAGCCAGCGAACACUUUAAAUUUUUUUCAUUAAUAACUAAUUUUAAUUCUAUAAUUUAUUUACACUUCCCCCUUACAAAAAUUAUUUUUUUUACAACAGAAAAGGUAACAGUGGCAGUAGAUACCAUUUUUAAAUUUUUCAGGUCAUUCAUUGUCAGACAAGCAGCACGGCAAAACGCCACACUAAUAAGUAAAAAAUAUCAAAAUGGCUUACCUCUUCUUCCUCUGAAUGACUAUGGCCCCCCAAAAAUGUGUAAUGCAUAUGUAAUGUGAAUGGCUUCACCUUGCUGGCAUUAAACUGGUCUUUUGAACGUCUGCGCAAGUUGAUCCAUUCUUCAAAAUUUUUCCUCCGAGUUUUUAGGUUUCGGGAAACGUAUGAAGAAACAUCAUAUGUCGUAAUGUCUAGAGUCGUUCCUACAAGUUCCAUAGCAGCAGUGUUUAAUCGUCAUGUUCUUUUUUGAAUGAUUAACAGAGAAAACAAGCCGAAAUGACAUGGAUUGUAUUCGAGGGCGUGUCUAUAAUGGCCCACUUCCGCGAUACAAUGGCGACGUCCCGGUCUAAAAAUGGCAUUUGUGCGGUAUGCUGUUGGAUUCAUUUACUUACCUCUGACGGAGGCACACUGGAUCUAACACCACAGGAAACCCCCGACACUUUGUAAAGUUAUUCAUUUAGCAACCCAACCUGAGUGUAGCAGUGAACUCUCUCUCUCUCGCAUGCUCUAAUCACAGCCUCAUAUUACAUAAAGACCCAAACGGGACUGCUAUUAGGCGCUGGGAAAAAAAUCGAUUAUCAAAUUCGUUGGCAGCUAAUUUAUUAAUCGAUUUGUUGUUGCAGCCUAACGUUCACUUGAAUCUGAAUAAUGUGGUUUGAACUGUAAUUUUGCAAACAAUGUGAGAAAGUAAAAUUGAAACCUAUAAAUAAAGUAAUUCGGAUUCAGUAUGGCAUUGUCAGAUUCAGUGUCUGAUGGCAAAAAUAUCAGCCCAUAUUGAAUGGGUUUCGGGAAUACAAUCACUUAAAAAUCCAAUGAAUUAGGGGAUUUAUUAAGAACAGCUAUUCAUAGUGAGGAAAGGUAAUGGCAUGUUUUUGUUUUUGAUCGUUUCUAUACUGUAACUGUGAUAAUGGUUUUAUCAGGAAGGUCGGAUGAUUUGCAUGCAGUAAAGGUUUUCUUGUUGUGUGUCUGACGUCACAAGGUUUUUGUAAAUUGUCCGGUCUUGUUUUGGCUUCCAAAAUAAGGGCAAAUUAACAUCCCAGUGAAAUUGGAUGCAAUUGAAUGAAUGUGUAGCAAUACUUGCUGCUGAUGCAGUAGUAAGCAAGUUUUUUUAUCCCUUUAAGUUCUCAAACGCGGAUCUUGUGUUAAUCUGUUAUCACAUCUGACAAAGUUCACAAUGGUGUGCUCAUUUCAUAAAUAGGCAGCUCAUAAAAAUAGAUCUACUUGGUUGUAUUUUUAUUUCUUGCAGACACUUUAGAGUGAAUCUUUUGUAAGCAAUUAUUUCCCCCAUUUUAGAACAAGUGGUUUUCUCUUGUGUUACUACACAUAUAAUUUACACAUUCCUAAUUGUGCCAUAGAUUGAAGUGUAGCCUCAUACACUUGCGUUUUGUUUCUUCCUGUGCAGAUUAGACAUAGAGAAUAAUUCAAUCAAAAUAAAUUGUUAACCAAUCAUCCUGCAAUGUGUUGAUGUACUUUGCUCUUUACUCCUCACCCCCACACUUACUCCACCUUCCUCCUGUCGUUACCUAAAUGACAAGUACUUUAACUCAUUGGCUCCCAUUGACGAUGAUGGACAAGAAACACAUCGGUUGUAAAAAAUAAAUGGUAAUUACAUUGGUAUGAAAGAGUAUAUAAACCUUUUGGAAUUACAUUUCUGCAUAAAAUAACCAUCAAAUGUGAUCUGAUCUUUGUCAAAAUCACACAGAUGAAAAAAGUCUGCUUUAACUAAAACCACCCAAACAUAUAUCGGUUUUCAUAUUUUAAUGAGGGCAGUAUGAAAACGAUGACAGAAGGGGAAAAAGUAAGUGAACCAUCACAUUUAAUAUUUUGUGCCCCCCCUUGGCAGCAAUAACUUCAACCAGACGCUUCCUGUAGCUGCAAAUCAGUCGGGCACAUCGAUCAGGACUAAUUUUGGCCCAUUCUUCUCUACAAAACUGCUAUAGUUCAGUCAGAUUCCUGGAAUGUCUGGCAUGAAUCGCUGUCUUUAGGUCAUGCCACAGCAUCUCAAUGGGGUUCAAGUCUGGACUUUGACUUGGCCACUACAGAAUGUGUAUUUUGUUCUUCUAAAACCAUUCUGAAGUUCAUUUACUUCUCUGUUUUGGAUCAUUGUCUUGUUGCAGCCUCCAUCCUCGUUUUAGCUUCAACUGUCUGACAGACGGCCUCAGGUUUUCCUGCAAAACAUCCUGAUAAACUUUUGAAUUCAUUCUUCUGUUAAUGAUUACAAAUUGUCCAGGCAUUGAGGUAGCAAAACAGCCCCAAAUCAAGAUGCUCCCUCCACCAUGCUUAAUGGUGGGGAUGAGGUGUUGAUGUUGGUCAGGUGUUCCAUUUUUCCUCCACAUAUGACAUUGUGUGUUACUCCCAAACAAUUAAACUUUGGUUUCAUCAGUGGACAAAAUAUUUUGCCAAAACUUCUGUGGAGUGUCCAAGUGCCUUUUUGCGAACAUUAAACGAGCAACAAUGUUUUUUGUUGUUGUUGUUGUUGAUAGCAUUGGCUUCCUCUGUGGAGUCCUCCCAUGAACACCAUUCUUGGCCUUAGUUUUACAUAUAGUUGAUGUGUGCAGAGAUAUUGGACUGUGCCAGUCAUUUCUGUAAGUCUUUAGCAGACAGUCUAGGGUUCUUUUUUACCUCUGAAUAUGCUGCGUUGAACUCUUUGCGUCAUCUUUGGUGGACGGCCACUCCUUUGGGAGAGAAGCAACGGUGCCAAACUCUCUCCAUUUGUAGGCAACUUCUGUGACUGUCGAUUGAUGAACAGCCACUUUUAGAGAUGGUUUUAUAUCCUUUCCCAGCUUUAUAAAAAAAUAACACAACUUGAUCGCAGGACUUCAGACAGCUCUUUUGACCGAGCCAUGAUGCACAUCAGACAAUGCUUCUCAUCAUGACGUUUCUUACCAGGUGUUUGUUUUAUAGUGGGCAGGCCAGCUUAAAACCAAUUAUCAGUUAAAAAAAAAAAAAAUGUUUUCAAUUGCUCUUUAAAUCUCCUUAGGCAGAGGGUUCACUUAUUUUUUUGUCAUUGUUUGCAUACUAUCCUCAUUAAAAUAUGAAAACCUAUAAAUGUUAGGGUUAUUUUAGUUAGAGCAGACACUGUAUUUUCAUCUGUGUGAUUUUGACGAAGAUCAGAUCCCAUUUGAUGGUGAUUUUAUGCAGAAAUGUGAGGAAUUUCAUAAGAUUCCGAUACUUUUUCACAUCACUGCACAUUGACCUCAUGGUAAUUUUGCAACCUCUUACAACAGGAAACCUAUCAGCAACCUUCGUGCUGUUGCAACUACUUUGCUAUUUCACCAUCAAUGCCACUGAAACAUCUUUCAAAUGCCAACCAUCCCUGCUCAGAUGGAUUCCACGUCAUUGGCGGAGAAUGAGCUCAUAUCAAUCAGAAUACUUGUCGAGUAUCAUUAUAGCAGUCAUAUUAAGCAGUAAAGAUGUCAAGAAAAAAGGGGGAGCGCUCUGUAUUGCCGCAUUAUUCAAUCGUUAGUCACAUUGCGAUUUAUGACAAAAGCAGCCAAGUAUACGACACGACAGCAGCAAUUAUCUAAAGGUGAAAAGGUCACAAAUCCGAGAGGGCUUAAGAUAUUUGAAUGGCCCAUAUUAUCUGUCUGGUAAAUAGUUGCAUGUUGUACUUGUAUCGCAGAGACUACUGUGUGUAUCACUUAUCCUGUUGAGUACGUUGUUGCUGUUAAAAAAAGAACAUGUAUUUUUGUCAUAGAUAAAAAUGGUAUAUAUUGUUUUAGCAGAGACUUAUAAGUUACCAAACAUAAAAAUGAUGAGAAAAAUAUAUUUUUGCGCACCGGAAUAUAUGUUCUGUGAUCUCACUUCCUGCUUAGAAAAUCAACGGAAAAAAAUUAAUAAAUAAAAGAUGAAAAGCAAUGAUA